AGCUUGUACUGGAUUUCCAGACAAUCUCACAUUAACCAGUCCUCAGGAACAUCAGACCUUGGCAACUGUGGAUCCCAACAGCUAUUUUAUGCGAUCUAAGACUGAUCCCCAAAUGGUGGUUCUUGUGUCAGCAACUAUGGAAAAUAUGAAGAAGAGCAUUCCCAAAAGAAACCAAGAUGUGAUACCAGCCUCUGCUUGCUUCCCAUUUCCUAAUAUGUGGGUGAUCACAAAGACUGGAAUGAUUCUAAGUCGAGCUAUAGUGCAAAGCUGUCUGGCUGUUGGUCAUCCAUUCAGAGCUAUGACGCAGGAUGGCAUACCUCUUGAAGGCUAUAAAUUAAACCUACAGAAAAGAAACAAAAAUAAUAUCUAUCAGUACUGGGAGUUUCAAAAUAAUGGCUCAAUUCAUUCAAAGGCUUACCCUGAGUUUGUCCUGACCUACCUAGAGGAGCUAAAUGUAAGAGAGGAGGUGACCCAGACGGAAUACUGCACACACCAUGGGGCCGAGUCUGCAGUUCAUCAGGAGACAGAUAGCAACGCAGCAGAAGAGGUCAUGGUAUCAAGCCAGAGGCAGGAUCUACAAAUUAAUGUCGGGAACUGCAAUAAGAAGCAACUUUCAGGACCUUUGGACGCCCACUUAAUGCCCGAAGGUCCCUCGGAGGGCAAUAGGCAGCUGACAGUGGCACUGGUGAGGAAACUAGAAGAGAAACAUCCUAAGGCCUCAGCUCAAAGAUGGGCCAUUAAGCAUGAAGGGAUAAGCAAGCCUGGUCAAUGGAAACACUCAAAAGUGGACAAUCCUUUGUGGAAUAAACUGACAUAUAUGUGGCCGGUGCUUCCAAAUGGAGAAUUAAAUGAGGCUUUUGAGUGGCCCAUUGAAGGUUUGCUGAUUCCAAACAGUCCUCCUUUAAAGAAACCUUCUUCUAAGAGGUCAGAAAGCUACAUGCCUUUGAAACUGAAGGUACUGAAAAAUGGAGAACAUGACAAAAACAAGGCUGUCUUUAUUCUUGGAGUGGAUUGUUCAACUAUGAUGAAAAAACAAAAAGCUGGCCCAGAAAAGAAACAGAAAGGAAAGACACUACUGAAGACUGGUGCAAAUUCAGAAAAGGAAAUGUACAGAGUAGAAUUUCUGCACUUUUUGGAACGGUGCACUGCGGCACUGAAAUUGCCUUUUGCUGCUAGAAGACUCUUCACUGGAAAUGGGAUGGAAAUCUUUCUUUUGAAAGACUUGGAAAAAGAUCAGUUGAUUUAUGUUUCAUGCGGAGAACAAUGGAUUGAUCCGGAGUGGACCAUGGCCCAGACAAAGAAACGUCUCCAACUUAGUAACUUGGUAUCAGACAUAUCUGCGAUCCGUGCCUAUUGUGUCAUGCGGAACACAAAAAAUUUAGCUUUAGAAGUCAAGGAUGACAUUGCUAUUGGAGCUAAGCUGUCUGUGGAAACAGCUAGAAUGGAUGUUGAAAGGAAAAAAGUCAUCAAAGAGCCAGAUGCAAAACCAAUUGAAGAAAAGGCAGAGAAAAUAAAGGACAACACAGAUAAGUGUCUGAAUUCACAUGCAAAAUCCCAUCUUAAAACAGAUGCAUAUUAUAAAGCUGUGAAAUACACCUGGCAGCAAAUUUCCUAUGAUUUUGAUGAGAGCUGCAGUCUUCACAAGGAAAAAGAUGAAGAGAUCUUUGAAGAUGCAGAGUUAUAUAAAAAAGACAGGUAUCAACGAAAACUGUCUGAAGAACUGGGAAAAAUCCAUAAUCAUCAGUUUGUAUUUAGAAAUGGGAAAAUUAUCAACUUCCACUUUCCCAGUCUUCUUUUGGGUGUAGAGAAUUCGUAUCUGCGUUCUGGGGCUGAAGUAGUUUUGAUGGAAAAGAAGUAUGACAAUAUCAAUCAACACUGGAUAUGGAGAGAAGAUAGCAGGACCUUUCAUCUUGCGAAUGAUCCAACCCUAGUGCUGGCAGUAUCAAUGCCCCACAUACUGAAUGGGUAUUCAAAGAUUCCACUGGAAAUGCAAGGCUGGCCUGUUAUCGUUCAGAAAUACAAAGGAUGCAAAAAUGGAGCUGCUAAUCAAAAGUGGAAUUACAUGGAAUCUACAAAGGUUUUUACUGCCUUUUACAGCUCUGUUCUGGAUCAAGAAAUUACAGCAGCAAAUUAUGCUUCAAUUUGUACAUUUUCUGUGACUAACACAGAGAAAAUAGACCAACUGGGCUACUAUUUUCUUUCACCAUCUGGAAAGGAGAAGGUCAUGAUAUGCUUGGCUUGUGCAAGAAGCUUAAGAGGAAAGAAAGAACUGAAAAAGUUGUCCCCUGGAACUGUGUUCUUCUGUGCUUCUGGUUCAGAGGGAGGAAAGCAUUUAUCCGUGUGGCCCUAUAAGUGCCUUGAUGUUACAAAGACUGACUUAUCCACCUCCGAAGCUGAAUGUACCUUGUGUUAUUUAGAAGAAGUUCUAGCAUCUUUGAAGGCAGAAACCUCAUUGCACAAUAUCUCAGAAAAGAUGUCUGCAGCUGUAAAUCAAAAAGCUGUAAAAAUAAUUGCAUACAAAAAUGGAACCAGUUACCAAAAUGGGCAACUAAUCAUUGCAAGUACUUUCCCCCUGCUACUCUCUUUAUGCACACGACAGCUUGAACUUAACAGAUCAGCUUCUAGACUAUACACCAGAGAAGGGACUUUGAUCCUUACCCUUCAGGAUUUAGUCUUGUGUGCUGUGAAGGAUUACUUCAGAAAGCAGGAGUCUGAAGAAAGAAAAGAAGGAGCAACUGCUGUUCCUGGCCCCAAUGAAAAUGCAUCUGUGUUUUCUAUGAGAGAGAAAACAGAAGAGGAGGAAAUGAAGACCAAGUCCCCAUCAUCAGUGAUGACUCUAGAAGAUUUGAACUUGAUUGAUGAUGUUUUACUCACCAUCAUUCUUAGAAAUCCAAUUGAAGUCUGGGUUUCCAGUGGAGAACCUUUUCUGCCUUUGGACUUUUUGCAAAAAAACAAGAGACAAGAACGACAAAAGUGGCUGGAGAAAGAUAAAAUUUUGGCAGACUUGGAUACAAUGAAGCACAGAAUUAGACAACUGCAAGGGCGCCGAAUAGCAAAAUCUGAGGCAGCGACUUUGGUCCCCACUAACAGCCCUCUGCAGCCUGUUGUUCUAGAAGGAGGCUGGACUGAAGAAACACAAGAAGAGAUGAAGCUCAUGGAAAUGAUACAGCAUACAGAGAUGCAUCUUUCAGAGCUUCAAGCAUUGCAGGUCAAAAGAAGUUUCCCGGUUUCUUCCAAAAGGCUUAUAAAAGGUCAACGAAGUCUCUACAAACAGCCUGCAGCAAAAAGAGUGUGGGCUUAUGCAAAUGGAAGUGCAGCUGAACAGGGAGCUCAUGCCUGGGGGAAAACAAUUUCAGAGUUACUUGACAGCUGUACAGUGCAGCUAAAAAUGCCACAACCUGCAAAUAUACUCUAUACACCUGUUGGUGAGAGAUUGCAAACAUGGGAUGAAAUAGAAAGAGACAUGAUUGUUUGUGUUUCUGCUGGACAACCCUUCAUGAGCAGAAAAGCCAUGAAGAAUGAAGUAGAAAUUAGAGCACUGUAUGCCAGAAUUCGGAAGCAACAAGGUCCAGAAUCUACCAACAUUAUUGUCUCACCAUCAGAAAAGAUUACUGAGAAGGUCAGCAUGAAUAGCUCUCUUCUUGCUCUUACCUGCAAAAGUCAUGCAGAUGCCACUGAUUAAUUUUCUACCACAGAAGUCCCUGGAUUCAUCUCACAAACCUGAAAUGAAAUGAGGAUGUCUACAAUUGCACAGUUUCCAGAUCACUUUGAGUCUUAAAGUGCUAAUAAUGUAACACUCUAGAAGUGUAUUCUCCUUGUGUAAAUGCUGCAUUGUUUUUCUCCACAGCUGAAACAAAAUAGAUAUGGUUCUUCGGGAAAUUGCAGGGUUUUGGUAUUAAGGUUAAAUAACAGCAAGACUUCCGGUGAGUGUUAAAAUGGCUAAGCCCCUUGUUCUAAUUGGCUAGCCUUGAGUUCAUGAAACUGUCUUCAGAAGUUCUGCAUACCCAUUAGAUUCAGUAAUAGUAAACAAAGCUCUGAGAAAGAGAGAAAGGAUAUGCAACACAUAUACUGAUAAGAAUAUUUUUCUCUAUGGAAAAGAGCUCUAUUUGCUCUUUCCUGUUUUAAAUCCUUGUUUUUCCAUGAAACCUGAAUGAAUGCUUUUCUCCAGCAAUUCAGCAACAAUUUUGUUAUCCCUGCUGCCAUUUUGCUAUUCCAAUUUUAAAUCAUGAAUAUGGUGGUUUUUUUUGUCAAAAUUAGAACUUUUUGAACUUUCAGGAGUUGGUGGAAGGGCCCACCUUCUUGAAACAAUUAUCAUUUGACAGCCAUUUCUGAAUAUCGUUGUGCCACAAAAACAACAACACUGUUCUAUUGGUCUGCCUCACUCAUUUGGCACAUUUGGGUGGUUCAGAUGAAACUAUUUCCAUGAUUUUGCUUUGAAAUCUCAGUUUGCAGGGCAAACACAAACCAUAGUUUUCCAGUGGAUAUGAAAGAGCAAAGCAUACUUUGCCUUAAACCAGGAUAGAAUGGAGGAAUUGCUGAGUGUAGACAGUGUGGUUUUGAGUAUCCUGUUCAUUUCUGUAACACCAAACCAUCGUCCAGCAUUCUUCUGAAUCCAUGAGACUAUUAAA